CUUCGUCGAGGUGUGGGUGUCCAACCCGGGAGUUGAUUGUAUGGCCCAGUAGGAUCCCACUUCCCAUCAUCAAUAGGUAAGAUUGGACGCAGCGCAAUUCUUGAUCAAGCCCAUAAAAUCAAAAUCAAAAUUGAGCAAACAGCAAACAACAACAAGCAAACCAGCUCCAAUCACCCUCCAAGUGACCAAUCCAAUUGAAGUCUACCCCAAACAUGAAGAUACAAACAACUUGCCUCAUCUUUGUCUCUGCCAUUCUUGCUCUGAGUACCUCCAUUGAAGGUGCUGGCAUCCGUGGAAGUGACAAUAUGCAAAGGAACUUGAUUGCAACCACCAUCAACAGUGUGAUCAGUUUUUUUGUCCCAAUCUUGAACCUGGCAAUGCGGACAUCACUGGGAGCUGUGGAGCUAGCAGCAAUUGAUGAGAGCAUGGACCUGGGUGAAAUCAACUUGGGCGUUUGCACUGCAUCAGCAUCCCUUUCCUAUGCCUUGGGAGCUGUCCGAGGUCUGAAUUCCUUUCAGAUUGAAACAUUUGAACUUGUUCCUGGCACAGAUCCUGUGUUUGAGACCUCUGGCAUUUUGGGAACAGGUGAAGCCAACUGGAAUGGUACAUGGGUCUUCAAGGCUGGCUUUCAUGACCUCACAGCGGACACAUCAGCAUCCAUUACAGCAGAUGCAUGUGGUGUUGCCAUUGAUGAAUCUGUAGGAGGCUCGAUUGUGGCAACCAACCCCACCAUGAAUAUCCAGAUGACCAUUGCAGGUACCAGUCCCAAUCUGUUGAUGCUGGGUUUGUCCAUGGCGAGCUCUAUUGAUGUGCAACAAGCCGACAUCACCUAUGAUUCCUUGAACCUCAAUAUUGGAGGCUUUGGACAAGACAUUGAUUUUGACAUUGAUGCAUUCUUGGCAGACCUCUUUGUCCGCAACCUCCGAGAGGCUGUUGUUCCUUCUAUUGUGGAACAAUUGAACAAUGACCUGGGAGGUGGACUUGGCUUCAACUGAGCAACAAAUUAGUUUUGAUUACAUGUUACUUUUAAAAUAAUGAUUCUGAAUGUUACAG